AUGCAGGUUGAAUUCAUAUCCAAAUCGCGCCCUAAUUUUGAAUCAAGCCCCUUCGCGCUAGAGCUCGUGCUUUUCCCGCGCGUGCCUAACCGCCUCUCGCACAUAGAAAACGCUGAGCUCGAUAAUUCUCUCUCCUCCGCCGUCUCCAUCGCCAUUUGUUCCCUCACUCUCCAAACCUCACUUUCUCUCUCUACUCCGGAAACUAUCUUCUCUCUAAAACUGAAAAUGAGUUCUGCAAAAAUCGAUGUGCGUAGUCCUGCAUUUCCGUUGCUUUUUCUCGCCGCGAUCAUUUUCAUCAUCGGCGGCGGUCUUCCCCGCGUUUCGUCGCAGAAUUCCACUUCAAUCGAGCAGAUUUUCCAGUACGAUAGCUACAGGGAGACGUGUCCAGAUGCGGAGAAGAUUGUGUGGAGUAAAAUGGCGGAUAUCGUUUCUGGAAACGAGAACGCCACGGCGCAACUGCUGAGGCUUCUCUUUCACGAUUGCUUUAUUCAGGGAUGUGAUGCCUCAGUGAUGCUAAAUGAUACCAUGGGAAUGCCCAAUCAAACUACAGAACGACAUGCUGACCCGAACAAGACUCUAAAGGGGUUUGACUUCGUUGAUGAAGUAAAAGAAUUGGUUGAGAGCGAAUGUCCGGGGGUAGUUUCUUGUGCUGACAUCCUUGUUCUUGCAACUCGAGACGCGAUUGCUUUGUCCGGUGGACCUUAUUACCCGGCUUUCACUGGCAGAAAAGACAGCACCCGUUAUUAUACCGCUGAGGCUACUGAGGAAAUUCCGAGACCAAACAGCAACAUAUCCGAAACCCUUAGAUUGUUUGCUCGACGUGGAUUUGACGAGAGGGAGACUGUAGCUCUUUUAGGGUCUCACAACAUUGGUCGGAUCAACUGCGGUUUCAUCGAAUCGAGGAUCAACAUGUUCGACAAUGGGGGCAUCCCUCUGGAUUUUCUUCGAGAGAUGAGAACGACAUGUCAAGUCCCAACUAGAAGCAUGAGCAACUUGGAAAACAAGAUAAAGGCGAAACGUAUAUAUGAAACUUCACGAAGCAUGCAAUAUUAUGAGGGACUUUCAUCAUCUUCAGGCCAGCUUCCUGGAGGUGGGUUUGGCAAUCACUAUUAUCGGGCGCUGAUAAAAGGCAGAGGCAUUCUGACUGCCGACCAAGAACUGAUGGCGAACGAGCAGACAGCAAUAGCGGUUUUUGAGUAUGCUGAGGAUGCAGCUAAAUUUAGGCUUGAGUUUGCGGGUGCAAUGGUGAAGCUGUCCAAUCUGAAUGUGCUCGUCGGGCCAGCUGGAGAGGUAAGGAGAACCUGUUCUAGUGUGAACUCUUCCUGA